CGGAUCAGAUCAUUUCCUUCCCGUGUCACCGGGCUAGGGUUGACAGUGCGCCAUGCACGGAGAUGCGGGAGGUGGGGACAUGCAUGCCGGUGGGGGAGGGGAGGAGCCAUGCAGCGGUCGAAUGUGGUACAUCUGGCAGCACGAGAGAGGUGGAUCCAUGGCGGUCUCACCGCCACAGCGGGCCCAGAUCUGACCAGGGGGAGACCGCGGGACGCGGAGAGGGAGCAGACGCAUCAUAUCCCCCACCCCCACCUACCUCCAUUAUUGAGAGCCGCAGCUCGCAUCUCGCUCCGCUUUUCGGGCACCUAUGGGAGAAAACUAGGGUUUGCCAUUCCUCUUCUCCCCCCUCGCGAGAUUCCUUCGGGUGGUGGCGUGGCAAGGUGGGCGGCGACGAGCGUUCGUUCGCUCACGUGGUGGGUGCUCGCGCGCGCGGGCGCGGUGCUUCAUCCGCAUCGAUGGGGGAUCGUGGGGGAGGCAGAUCUGGCGGAUGGCGCGACUCCUCGACGCGCGGUGGAUUCGGCGGGGGACGCAAGACGGCGCAGGCGAAUCCCUCUCGCCACAUGGUGUGGCAACGCCCAGAUCCGCCGCCGCCACCAUCUGGAGGGGCCAGAUCUGGCGGAGGUACUGAAGAUCGAUGGGAGGCUGCGGCAAGGGCGAUGGGUGGAGACGCCAAGGCACGGGCGAAUACGACGACGUCGACGGCUCAGACGGCUUCAUCGGCAGCGGUGGGUGCUCCAGAUCCAGCUGCCAAGGUCAACGACAAGCUCUGCCUCAACUGCAACCUCCCAGCUGAAAAAUCUUAUGAGGAAAAAACUGAUGAGAUAUCAGGGGAUGAGAUGGAAAGGUCUCCUUGUGUUGCUGGCAAUAUGAAAAAAGAUUAUGUGGUGUGGCCAUCUCUGCCUCAUAUUGUGCCUCUUGAUGAAGGGUCCACUGAAGGGGGGAUAGUCACAGUGUUUACACUGUUGAAUCGCCUUCUGGAUCGCCAAUGCAUGAAAAUAUGGCUCCUAAAGGGCAGGCUUCGCGCAGACAGUUUCAGAAACUGGAGUGUGUGGAGGAGACGGCCACCAACAGACUAAAGAAGCGCGAUGCUGAAGGACUGGUGAAAGAAGAAGAUAGGUCGAAGUUUCAGGCGGGCGUGAAGAGAAUGGCGUAUGCGGCAGCAGCUCUGGCGGACAGGUCUCACUCGCGAGGUGUGAUGCUUUUGAAGGAUGGAGAUGGGAUCCAGAUCGGC